UAGACUGCGAGGUUUUCGAGCACCCCAGCUUAAACUGGCUUAAACUGGAGGCCCCUCCGACCCAGCUUAACUGUUGCUCCUGGCAACAGCCACUUCCGGGAGCGAGUGCUGUCCCCUCCCCUCUACCGCGGAGGCCCGAGCUCCGGGAUUCCGCCCGUAAGCAGCGGUUAGUGGUCAACUGGGGCCGGGCCUGCCGUCGCCGUGAAGCCGUCCCGACGCCUCCACGGGGCUCCCAGGGCCGCUAUGGUUCUUCUGCAUGUAAAGAGGGGCGACGAGAGCCAGUUCCUGCUGCAGGCGCCGGGGAGCACGGAGCUGGAGGAGCUCACGGUGCAGGUGGCCCAGGUCUACAACGGGCGGCUCAAAGUGCAGCGCCUGUGCUCAGAAAUGGAAGAGUUAGCGGAGCAUGGCAUAUUUCUCCCUCCUAAUAUGCAAGGACUGACCGAUGAGCAGAUUGAAGAACUGAAAUUAAAGGAUGAAUGGGGUGAAAAAUGUAUACCCAGUGGGGGUUCAGUAUUUAAGAAGGACGACAUCGGCCGAAGGAACGGGCAAGCCCCAAAUGAAAAACUGAAGCAGGUUUUAAAGAAGACUAUAGAAGAGGCCAAAGCAAUAAUAUCUAAGAAACAAGUGGAAGCCAGCGUCUGUGUUACUAUGGAGAUGGUGAAAGAUGCCCUAGACCAGCUCCGAGGUGCGGUGAUGAUUGUUUAUCCCAUGGGGCUGCCACCCUACGAUCCCAUCCGGAUGGAGUUUGAAAAUAAGGAAGAUCUGUCAGGAACCCAGGCAGGGCUCAGCGUCAUUGAUGAGUCCCAGGCACAACUGUGGUGGGCAGCCAAGGAGUUAAGAAGAACAAAGAAACUUUCAGACUAUGUGGGGAAAAAUGAAAAAACCAAAAUUAUCGUCAAGAUUCAGCAAAAGGGGCAGGGAGCCCCAGCCCGAGAGCCCAUUAUUAGCAGCGAGGAGCAGAAGCAGCUGAUGCUCUAUUACCACAGAAGACAGGAGGAGCUCAAGAAAUUGGAAGAAAAUGAUGAUGACUCCUGUUUGAAUUCUCCGUGGGCAGAUAACACUGCUUUGAAAAGACAUUUUCACGGGGUGAAAGACAUAAAGUGGAGACCCAGAUGAAGCUCACAGUUAAUGAAGCUUUCAUAACCACUAGCUCACCUUCCUUUUAAGAAAAUAAUUAUAAU